GAUACCAGUUUCACGCAUUUUUAAAUAUUUAUAGAAAACGACAAUGCUGUAAAAUAUAUGAUUUUGUGCUGUGUUUACAGACAUUACUUUAUCAGUGUUCACCGUCACCUCUAAAAGCAUGACGGUGCGCUGGAGCGGACAUACGGGCGCGAGCUCGUACAAGAUCACCGCCACGCCGAAGAACUCGCCCGAGCCGUCCGUGUUCGCGCAGUUCAGCGGCAGCACGGUCAUGGGCUCCGUUAACUCUCUCUCACCGAAUACCGUGUACAGGAUGCGGGUCGAGGCGAUGGACAACGCGGUGAACGUGCUCAGCAGCGCAGAAACCGAGGAGACGACAGCUCCUGAAGUUCCCGCCAUAGUGCAGGCGUACUCUAAACUCAGCCACAGCAUCACUGUGGAGUUCGGGCAGGUGAUCGGUGCCACCGGCUACAUCCUCCGGGCGGAAACCGACGACGGCUUCUUCUCUGAAACAGCAGUGCAAAAUUCUCCUGGGACAGUGAUCAACCUACAGCCCUACACCCAAUACACCCUCAGUGUGAUGUCUGUCAACAGCGGGGGACGGAGUCAGCCCUCCCUUCCCAUGACAGCUAGGACAGUGCUGGUGGCCCCACAGUUGAAUUCCAGCUCUCCCGGCAGUGAUAUCAUCGUGGUAACCUGGAAUCCAGUGGACCAGGCUGUGUUGUACACCCUUUGUCUGAUCAUGGAAGGUUCAGUCACACGGGUCACACUCAACACGUCAGAGACCAAUAUGACCUUCGAUGCUCUCGAACCUGGCACAACCUACAGCAUCAAAGCCAAUGCCUGGGACCCUGCCGGUAUCCAAGGAGAUGACAUCACCAUCUCCCAAAUCACACGUCCUCCUGUCCCCGGGGCUGUGCAGGUUCAGUUAAUGCCAGGCCGUUCCGUGGGUCUGGAGGUGUUCUGGAUCCAGGUCCAAGGUGCAGAGUCGUACUUAGCUCUGAGCUCAACCGGUCAGAACUGCAGCUCUCAGGACGCCUACUGCGUCAUCACUCCUCUGAGCUGCGGGCAGAACCACACCGUCACCGUCACAGCAUCCAAUGACGCCGGACCCAGUGAGCCGUCAAACCCAGAAGAUCUUCUCACAUUCCCCUGUCCUCCGGAGCAGGUGUGGAUCGAGGAGCCGACGGCGGCCAACUGUUCCGUCAUGUGGUCGGAGGUGUCGUGGGUGGACUACUACAUUGCCUACGUGAAAAGGGAUGACGGCUUCGAGGAACAAUGCAACACAACUGGCACCGCCUGCCAAUUCAGCUGUAUCUGUGGUUACACGUACCUCACCACUGUGUUCUCUUACAACCAGGCCGGCUCCAGUCCACCGGGUCAAGUACUCAACUACACUACAAUCCCAUGCUGUCCAGAGGAUGUGUUCGUGUCCCUCAUAUCUACAGAAACAUUGGAGAUUUCGUGGUCAUCUGUUCGAGGAGCUGAGAUAUACGAGACGAUCGCCGCCGACGGGCCCGAAACGAUCCACUGCAGCGACACGGCUCCCGUGUGCGCCCUCUCUGAUCUCACCUGUGACAGUCUGUACAGUGUGGUGGUGCGGCCGUGCAACGAUAUGCAGUGCAAUAAUUCCUGUUUACCGCACACACGGCGGACAGCUCCCUGUGCUCCUGAGAUCCAGAACGUGACUCAGGUGGACUCCUCGACCAUACAGGUGUCAUGGACGUCUGCGAACACUCAGGCUAAUUACACAGUGCUUGCCAUGAGCUUCACCGAUGCCUUCUCCUGUUCGUCCACCGGCACUUCCUGUACCAUCAGCAAUGUGACCUGCGGAGCCACGUAUGACAUCAGCACAUCUGCCUCCACUGAAGCAGGGGACAGCUUGCCUAGCUACUCCGUUCCCCUGGAAACAGGACCCUGUUGUCCGGAUACUUUGAGCGUAGAACAGAUGACCCAGGCCAUGACCAACGUGGUCUGGUCGCCCGCUAUUGGAGCACAUUCUUAUGUCACCUCCCUGACGUCACCAAGAGGUCACGCCAAAUGCCAUACCAUGGACACCCACUGCCUGAUGGGAUGCAUUACAUGUAACACCCACUACAAUGUGUCCCUGGAGGCCAUCAGUAUAUCCGGGCAUAAGACACAGUGCAAUUACCAUGGUUUCUCUUCAAGUGGGUGUUGUCCAUCUAGUGUGAAACUCUACCGCAUGGCGAACAACACUUUGCGGGUGUACUGGCGCUCUUCUCCUGGCCUGUACAACUACACCGCCGAUCUGUAUGGUACCAGAUCCAACUACACCUGCAAUCCAGAACAAGGGUCAAACUCAUGUGAUGUGGCCGAGAUCUUGUGUGGGGAGGUGUACUCGGUUGUGGUCGCUCCCUUAACACAGGACGGUUCUAAAGUCACAUUCUGCUCAAGAAGACUCUACUCCGUGUCCUGCUCUGGGAACAGUGUGGGAGUGGGGGUGAUCUAUCGAGGGAGGAGGAGUGUGGACUAGAACUCUACUACGGCCCGGCUAAAAGAAGAUCAUGCUAUGACGUCAAACAACAAGAAGACUUUAUUCCACUCCCACAUUUAUAUAUAUAUAUUGUUUGCCAGAAAUGUAACUACCUUUAAAGCGAUAGAAAAAAAUAUUUUUUAUUCAAACUUUUAACCGUUUUAACUGUCUCUGGAUUUUAUAUACAGUAUAUACACCUUUCAAUGUUUGGAUUCUAUAGAUAAUUCUCUGUAUUCAAUGCAAAGUCUUAAUGUUAUAUAUCUAGAACGGGAGAAUAAGUUUUGCUUAUUCAAUGCUACACAAGUUACACAAUCUUUUAGUUUGACACGCUAAAGAGAUAUGAGUAACAUACCUCAAUGAUCGAAACUUUUAAGAAUUCGUAGGAAAAUCCCCUAAGCAGAAAGCCUCCAAAGGAUUGUACAAGUGUGUAUACAGCAGGGCGGAUCUCUAAAGUAGGUUACGGAGAAAUCUGAACAAGUUUCAGGAUUGGUGUCCGCCCUGGGUCAUGUUUGUCCUUUGGAUGAUACAGACUAAGAACUUCUACUGCAACUUAAUACAAUUACAUUCUUUAGCACUCUGAAUAAAAAGCAUAAAGCAA